ACGAAAAGUCACUCGGAGUGACUCAUAACUCCCAAUCCCUCUCUAAUUACUUCAAAAAGUCAAGUAAUCCCGUCAAUAAUCAUUAGAAAUCAUGAUUUGUACCAAUAAAGUGAUCAGAAUUAUUAGUUCUUCAUGAAAAAACAGGUCUACAGUCGAUUUUCUCGAAGGAAUUCCCUGGGACACGUGAGUAAAGUUCUAAAGUGGAUUUCCCCGAGGAAAAUUGAAGGAAAUUUUUUUCCAAAAUAAAAGGGACAAGUGAAUUCAUGCAGUGAAAAUGUUCGGGAGGACAAAGUGCAAGGAAGUUCCAAUCCUCGUCGAGCUCGAGGAACAAUUGACCAGUGAUUCGUGCGCGAAGAUCAUCACCGAGUUGAUGAAGUAUGUUCUGUACCAGAAGCAGCAGAUUCCAUUCUCGUGUGACUCACUGGUGCAGCUCCAGACGAGGUUCAAGCCUAAUGACAGGAAUUAUGGGUUCACGAGGAACCUUUUUAGUGCCCUGGAGAGCAUCUCGGGGGAGUUGACUGAGCAACUGCACCUCGGGGGGUGCGAUGUUAAGGAGGUGGUGAUCGUCAUUGGGGCCACCACGAUAUCUCCGAAGUUCUUGGUCAGGGUGGAGAUCCCAGGAAAUAUUUUGAGCAGUCGGAGGCAUAUGGAGUAUCAGCAUUCGUAUAGGAAACCUCUGCUGACGUUGAUGAGAACUGUAAUCGAGUGUCAGGAGUUCCAGGAAGCCAUGACAGUUCCUCUGGGUCCCACGAACACCUUCGUGCUCCUGCAGAAGAGCGACUCGAACCCAAAAUCCGAUUUUUUCCUCCCCAAGCCCCACUACUCCCCGAACAGCCAGACCUCAAGUUUCUGCAUAAGACUCCACCACAAGGAGAUCGUCGAGGACUGUCAGUGCUCCAGUGUUGUCAGGCCUUACUACGACAACCCGAAGGACCGGCCGGAGGAAAUAGCCGAGGAGAAACAGGAGAUCGUCGCCCCCUACCUCUGGUACCAGUCGAGGGAAGUCGUCAAGGGGUUCAAGUACCAGAGAUAACACUGGAUUAUUACUGAAAGUAAUUUGUAGGACUGUAAAAAAUUCCCACUGUCGAUGCAAUCUCUCGUGAUAGAUUUGUUAAAUAGAAUUCUCGAGCUAUUGAAAUAUCUGAGAACUAAGACUUUUCUUUGUUUUAAGGAAUAGUGAUUGAAGUUGAUUGAACAUAUUAUUUUUUUUUUGACGUACUGAUUGAUGCGUCUGCUUUGUGGACAUUGUGGACAUUGAAGGAAGUAGAACUAAUAAAAUGUUUUUAGAAAAAUGAAAAAAGAGAUUUAAUGCAGUUUUUUCCGGGUAUUUUUUUAAUUGAUGGAGAAGAUGUUUGAUUUUUAAUUGAGGGGGUUUUUCAUUUUGUCUUGUUAUGCGUUCAUUUUGGGAAUACAACGUUUCCUGCGGAGAAUGUAAUUUCUUUUUUAAAUGUCCUGGAAUUUCUUGAUAAAACUUUUGUUUUUAAUAGGAGAAAUGAACAUGGCAGACAUUUUCAUUUGUUACUAUUGAGUUUUUUUGUUAAUUUAACAUGAAGAUUACAUAAAUUCAUCGGGAAUGAGUGGAAUUAGAGGAAAAUGUCAGAAUUUUUUUGUCGCAA